GUCUGUGAUCAGCUGUUUAACAAGUCAGCUGACCUGGAAUCGGUCAGAAACAAAGUCUGUAAAUCAGCUGUUUAACGAGUCAGCUGACCUGGAAUCGGUGAGAAACACAAAUAAAGUCUGUGAUCAGCUGUUUAACAAGUCAGCUGACCUGGAAUCGGUCAGAAAUAAAAUUUGUCUUUAAUCAUCAGUAUAAAAACGAUCACCUGGUUCCUGAGUCCACCUGCUGGUCUAAUAGAACCUCCUUUAGCAGAGGCACCUGGGCCUCUGAAUGUCCCACCAGUGUCUUGAUCGGGUUCUGGUCUGGACAUGACCUCUGACCCCAGGGAUGACGACCAGGGUGGAUGUAGGUUUCCUAAAAGUUGAUGACGUCUUUCCUCUGCUCUGACCCUUAAGCAGGUGACAUCACCUGGACAUCAGCUCCCUUCCCGCCAAGAGCACUUGCAAAUCCAGAACUCCGCGCAUGCGCGACAGUAUACGUAACGUAAACUUCCUGCCAGAUAGUGCUCCCUAACAACAGACAAAGCUGGGUGGAAUUCCGUGUUUUCCCGUUUAGGAGCGAUACAACAACUUCCUGCUGCUUCAAUGCAGGGUCCAGACGGGCGGUCCGGCUGCUGAACCUAGUUUGAGCUUGGUCAGGCUGCAGACAUGGACGACCCACACGAGCUGCCGGUGAAGAAGGCUCGGACUGAUGCCGACGGCCAGCAGGACAGAGGAACUAGUCACGUGGAUGAAGAGGAAACCUCAGCAGCUGGUUUGGGCCCAUCAGAACCUGACAGCACUCUCUCUGGACCCUCUACGGCCCGACUCCAGUCAGAUGAACGGGAGCAGCCUCACGGCGCUGGAGCAGCAGCAGACCCGGUGUGUGGCGAUGCAGUGACCUCAUACUGCAACACAGCAGCCGCCGACCCGGCAGCCACCACGGACUUCAGCCAGCAGGUUUAUCAGGACACCAGCCCCGCGGUGACGUCCUACUCCAGCCAAGGGUCCUUCCCCCCUCUGGUCCAGUCCACCGUCUACUCCAGCUUCCCUCAGAGUGGACAGACCUACGGCCUCCCGCCCUUCGGUGCUUUGUGGCCGGGCAUUAAGACCGAAGCAGGGCUGCCUGCGGCGCCCUCUGGUGGCCAGUCUGGGUUUCUGAGCUUCAGCACAGCGUUCACGCCCCCCCCGCCGGGCCAGCUGCACUACUCGUACCCGAGCCAAGCCUCGAGCUUCACCACGUCCAGCGUGUACUCCAACGUCCCGUCGGCAACUGCCGUCACCACGGCCUCCACGGCAGCCGGCCACCAGGAGUUCAGCAGCUACAGCUCUCUGGGUCAGAGUCCGUUCUCCCAGUUCUACACGCUUCCUCCCAGCUACGCUCCUGCCGGGCUGCCCAGCAGCGACGAGCCCGGUGCCGGUGUAGCCGGAUAUUCGGCUGUGAAGUCGGAAGAGGCAGCGUCAGCAGGGCUGCCGCCGCGAGAUGCGUUGCCACCGGAGAACCUGCCAGCAGGUGCGGCCCUUCCUACAGGUGCGGCCAGAGACCAGGACGAGCUGAGCCGCAGGAGCUCGGUGGGAAAAGCCAAAGGGAAGGCCAAAAAGUCGGACAGCUCGCUGCCUGCUGACAGCGACCUGGAGCGGAUUUUCCUGUGGGAUCUGGACGAGACCAUCAUCAUCUUCCAUUCGCUGCUCACCGGCACCUUCGCUCAGAAGUUUGGGAAGGACCCGACCACGGUGCUGAACCUCGGCCUGCAGAUGGAGGAGCUGAUCUUUGAGCUGGCAGACACUCAUCUGUUCUUCAACGACCUGGAGGAAUGUGAUCAGGUUCACAUAGAGGAUGUGGCGUCUGAUGACAACGGGCAGGACCUGAGCAACUACAACUUCCUGUCGGACGGGUUCAACGGUCCCGGCGCUGGAACAGCCUCCGGAUCCGCUGCGGGAGUCCAGGGAGGUGUCGAGUGGAUGCGCAAACUGGCCUUCCGCUACCGCCGGCUAAAAGAGAUUUACAGCGGCUACAAAGGGAACGUCGGCGGUCUUCUGAGUCCCAUGAAGAAAGAUCUGCUUUCACGUCUUCGCUCAGAAAUUGAGAACAUCACCGAUGCCUGGCUCACCACAGCGCUCAAGUCUCUGCUGCUCAUCCAGUCCAGAGGGAAGUGUGUGAACGUGUUGGUCACCACCACCCAGCUGGUACCAGCUCUGGCCAAAGUUCUGCUGUACGGCCUGGGAGACGUCUUCCCUGUGGAGAACAUCUACAGUGCCACUAAAAUAGGGAAGGAGAGUUGCUUUGAGCGCAUUGUCUCUCGCUUUGGGAAAAAGGUGACGUACGUGGUCAUCGGGGACGGUCGAGACGAGGAGUUUGCAGCCAAGCAGCACAACAUGCCCUUCUGGAGGAUUUCAGCACACGGAGACCUCGUGUCCCUCCACCAGGCCCUGGAACUGGAUUUCCUGUAAAACGGGGACCUUCUGGAUGUGAGACCUGAAUCUCAACUCGCCUUUCUGAACCACCUGUAAGGAGGCGGAGUCUGGGUAGAACACUCCUCUGGCAGCUAACUCACCGCCACUCUCACUGGAAUGAACUGGUCCAUUUGUCGCUUACUUAGACCAGAUUCCCACCACACCCUGCAGUACUCUGGACUCGUGUGUGUGCAUGCGUGCGUGUGUGUGUGUGUGUGUGUGUGUGUGUGUGUGUGCGUGCGUGCGUGCGUGCGUGCGUGUGUGUGUGUGUGUGUGUGUGUGCGUGUGUGUGUGUGUGUGUGUGUGUGUGUGAGUGAGAGAGAAACAGCUGAAGAUCAUUAAAACUCAAGACCCAAAGGUAGUCCUACACUUCCUGUCUCGUGUCUCAGUCCAAUCCAGGUGGACUCUCCCACCCAAUGGGGUGAGGAAAGAGGAGGUGGAGUUAAGUUCAGAUCCAGGAGUUAGAUGGUUCCAGAUCAGCAGGUCAGAUGAACCCUCCCAUAAUAGGAAUCUGGUCCAUGGGUCAGGAUUCUGUCAGAACCACAAAUGGAGCAUCAAUCCCUGGACAUGCGUGUGCUUCUGAGCUCGAUGAAGACUUCCAGCUCAAGCUGGAGCAUCAGGAACUUGUGACUAGUUAGUAAAGUGGUAGUAAAUAGUUAGUAGCUUGUUACUAACUGUUAGUGACUUGUAAUGAGUUAGUAACAAGUUGUUAGCAGAUUGUUACUAACUCCUUACUGUUGAGUUAACAAGGAGUUAGUAACUAGUAACAAGGUAGAAACCACUACUGAGUUAGUAGCUUGUUACCAAGGCUACGGUCACACUGCAGGCCUUGAUGCUCAGUUCUGAUUUUUGGAGUAAAUCUGAUUAUUUGUGGCCGUUCACACGGUGACUGAAACGCAACAUCAAACCCUCUCCAGCGUGAACGCUCCGCGGCCCCAAAGCGACCCACAUGAGCAGAAGACAGGAAGUCACUCAGUGGAGAAACCAGGAGCGGCGGGGUUGUGAUGUGAUCCUGAUCCUGUGGAUAAACUGUCAGUGAAACUUUCACACCUGUUCAUUCUUCCGUUUUGGGCUGGAAACCGUUUUUAAUCUGUAAACUAUUUUACUCCUUGUUCUCGCCGCCUCCCUGAAUUAUUAUUCACCGAAAACGUUCCGUGUUCAUUCAUUCACGGAGAAUCACCCUCUCACGGAGAACACCCCCCCCCCCCCAGAGACGGAGACCGGUGAGAUGCUUCCCUCCAGCAGCGCCUCCACCUCCCGUUCUCAGGGUCUCCUGUAUUUUGAUUCCCAAACCUAAAACAGGAAGGCCGGUCAGACUCCUGAACCCUUCUGUCGGUGCUUCUCCUCAGGAACGUCCACUCACCACGCUGACCUCCGCUGACUCAGUGACGUAGGAGACGGAUUUUAUGCAACAUGACCGUUCAGACCGCAGUCACUUUCAGAAACAUCAGAUAUGUGUCACAAUCACUUCUCCUUGUUCAAGUGACCCGGAUCGUAUUUAAAACAAUCGGAUCUGUGCGUCAUAAAACAUCAGAUAUGGCUGCAUUGGGGGGUAAAAGCUGAACUAAUGCCUGCAGUGUGAACGUAGCCCAACUCUUCACUAACGAGUUAGUAAUGAGUUAGAGUUGAGUUAGUAACUAGUACUAACGAGUUAGUACUAGUUACUAACUCCACAUUAACGAGUUAGUAACUAAUGAGUUAGAAACAAGUUAGUAACUAGUACUAAUGAGUUAGUAGCUCAUUACUAACUCCACACUAACAAGUUAGUGUGGAGUUAGUAAUGAGUUAGUAACUAGUACUAAUGAGUUAGUAACUAGUACAAACAAGUUAGUAGCUCAUUACUAACUCCACACUAACAAGUUAGUAAAUAGCACUGAGUUAGAAACAAGUUAGUAAUGAGUUAGUAACUAGUACUAAUGAGUUGGUAUCUCAGUACUGACUCCACACUAACAAGUUGGUAACUACUACUAAUGAGUUAAAAAGUUAGUAAUGAGUUAGUAACUAGUGCUAACGAGUUAGUAGCUCAGUACUAACUCCACACUAACAAGUUAGUAACUAGUAUUAAUUAGCUGGAUGCAAGUUUGUAAUGUUAGUGACUAGUACUAAAAAGUUAGUAGCUCAUUACUAACCACACUAACAAGUUGGUAACUACUACUAAUGAGUUAGAAACAAGUUAGUAAUGAGUUAGUAACUAGUACUAAUGAGUUGGUAUCUCAGUACUGACUCCACACUAACAAGUUGGUAACUACUACUAAUGAGUUAAAAAGUUAGUAAUGAGUUAGUAACUAGUGCUAACGAGUUAGUAGCUCAUUACUAACUCCACACUAACAAGUUAGUAACUAGUAUUAAUUAGCUGGAAGCAAGUUUGUAAUGUUAGUGACUAGUACUAAAAAGUUAGUAGCUCAUUACUAACCACACUAACAAGUUGGUAACUACUACUAAUGAGUUAGAAACAAGUUAGUAACUAGUGCUAAUGAGUUAGUAGCUUCGUACUAACUCCACACUAACGAGAUAGUAACUACUACCAAUUGGUUAGAAAUGAGUUAGUAAUGAGUAACUAGUGCUAAUGAGUUGGUAGCUCAGUACUAACUCCACACUAGAGUUAGUAACUAGUACUAAUUGGCUAGAAAGGAGUUAGUAACUAGUUCCAAUGAGUUAGUAGCUCAGUACUUACUCCACACUAACAAAUUAGUAACUAGUAUUAAUUAGUUAGAAGCAAGUUAGUAAUGUUAGUGACUAGUACUAAAAAGUUAGUAGCUCAUUACUUACUCCACACUAAGAAGUUAGUAACUACUACUGAGUUAGAAAAAGUUAGUAACUAGUACUAAUUAGUUAGAAGCACGUUAGUAAUGAGUUAGUAACUAGUACUAACAAGUUAGUAGCUUAUUACUAAUUCCACACAAACAAGUUAGUAACUAGUGCUAACGAGUUAGUAGCUCAGUACUAACUCCACACUAACGAGUUAGUUACUAGUACUAAUUAGUUAGAAAGGAGUUAGUAAUGAGUCAUCAACUAGUGCUAACAAGUUAGUAGCUCAGUACUAACUCCACACUAAUGAGUUAGUAACUAGUACUAAUUAGUUAGUAGCUUAUUACUAAUUCCACACUAACAAGUUGGUAACUACUAAUGAGUUAGAAACAAGUUAGUAACUAGUGCUAACGAGUUAGUAGCUCAGUACUAACUACACACUAACUAGUUAGUUACUAGUACUAAUUAGUUAGAAAGGAGUUAGUACUGAGUCAGUAACUAGUGCUAACAAGUUAGUAGCUCAGUCAUAACUCCACACUAACGAGUUAGUUACUAGUACUAAUUAGUUAGAAUCAAGUUAGUAAAGAAUUGAUAACUCAUUUGUGAAGAAUUGCCAUUAAGUAGGUAGUAGCUAGUUGGUAACAAACUCAUUAGUGACGAGUUAGUUGUAUUUAUUCUGUGCCUUCAACUGCGUCUGAGUGACUCAUUUCCUGUAUCCUUGUUUCAGCCCAUGUCCUAACCCUAACUCCGAUCGGAAUCCCACGCGUCAUUCCUGGUCGGAGAUGCUCUCCGCUGCUAAAAGCCCAAACAUGGUUCUGGUGACUGUUGCUGAAGGAGUCGGGUUUAGUUACCGGGAUGCUUUUCAGAUGACAAUCAGAAUGUGGAGCUUGGGUCAGAGGUCAAACGCUGCAGAAAUGUCAGAUGACACAAGCUGCUUUGUCUCCAGAAUCCCAGUUUGGGCACCGGGCCGGUCUGGCUGACGGGUGAACGGUUCUAAUGCUUUAACCCGACCCACAGUGGUUCUCUCAGGUCCUGUGUUGGUGCCAGACUUGUGUGCUGACCUGAUGGGUUCUGGUCCCGAUUGAACUUGUUUACUUUGAUGUUCUGUUUGAAUGUGAAACAUGAUCAGAAUAACUAAUGUUGUAUCAUGUAAAACACGUUAAAAAGGUUUCAGUUUCUCUUUCAUCUUUAAAGAUCAGUCUGGUUUCUAAGCUGCUCACGGGUCUGAGAACUGCCGACGGGACUUUCCACACAUACGGAAGCACUUCACGGAAAAAUGUGGAAACAAACUUUGGAACAGUUAGGAGGCUGGAAACCUGGCGACAGGGUCGUGUGUUUCAUUUACGGACUUGUAGAUUGUCACACACACACACACACACACACACCAGUCAGCCUCCCAUCUGAACUGAGAAUAAAAGUUGUUUCUGUA